AUGACUCAGAACUCACCUUCCUCCAGUCAGACAGAUACCACCAUGGUGUCUAUCCAACUGGACAGUCUCAUUAAUUUUCUGCAGUGUCUUUCCCUCAACGAUCAGAAGGCAUUGUCUCAGGCCUUAGGCACCAGCACUGGUGAAGACACAUCUGAUGAUAAUCUUACCAUUAGGACAGGCCCCACCAGCAUGGAAAUGCCUGCUCUAGUUGCUUCACCUGAUACAGUGGCUGCCCCUGAUGCUGGCACUACUGCUACUUCUGCCUCCAUGGCUGUCCCUACAGCUGCUCCUCUCACUGCCCCCACCAUGAUUCCUACAGGACCUAUUACUGUCUAUGUCGACUACGACAAAUACAAUUCCUUUGAUGACGAAAAUGCAAGCAAUGCAGCUGCUGCAUUUGAAAAUGAUUCCAUGCUGACUUGUUACCACAGAACCUACUUCAAUGUGCCAGUUGAUGUCAGCCCACCCCUCUAUUAUGUAACUAGAGGUCACUAUAUCAGCAUCUUUUCAGACUGGGAUGCAACUGGUCCCAAAGUGCUUGGAGUCUCCCACACCAUCUAUCACAAGGUAGAUUCCAUUGAGCAAGGCAUAAGCAUCAUGAAGGGUGCAAUUGAUUGUGGUGAUGCUUCACAGACAGACUUCAUCUGCAGCCCUCCACUCAUCACAUACUCUGCACAUGUUCAAAAUUGUGUCUUGACCACAAUAUGCCUUCCUGCAAAUGUUUCUGGCUGUACUAAUAGCAUCCUUGAUCAUGAAAGUAUUACUAAAAUCUUUGCCAUGAACUAA